AUGGGGCAGGCGUACACUAGGGAGGGUUCCCAACCAGUGUUUGGGAGCAAUUCGAGGCGGGGAGGAUGGUACAAGAGCCUUGAGGAUGGCUUUGAGAAUCGGUCGUCUACUGCAGGGUUGAGUGCAGGCAGCGUGACGAGACUUGCAAUUUACAAAGCUCCGGAGGGAUUCUGCGUCAUGAUCGUGUCCUUUCGAGAAUUCUCUGGGAACAAUCGAAGAGGGACGCGAAACUUGGGAGUUAGGCAGAUACCGCCACGCAUGUUGGAACCAACGGGGGGGAAAGCACAACGUUACGGUCUUCAGAGUCUGGCGGGUAAUACGCUUAUUGUUGGCUUGUAUGAUUCCACUGGAAGCCAGCCAGCGUAUCAUGUUUCGAAAUACCAAAUCUCUGAAGACUCAACUUUCCAGCCCGCGACUCAGGAAGGAUAUCACGCCGGCAGGCCAACUCCUCGCACUCCAUCCUCGUUCUUUAAGCGACAAGCAGAUGGUCAAUUCAAGGUGAGCAUUGCCGACCCACCAUCUCAUCAUUAUCGAGACCUAUGGGGCAUGGGCAAGGAUAGGGAGGGCCUAUUUGGUGAUACCUAG